AAACUAAAUGUAACGUGUACUUCCGCUGUCGACGGUAGGAUAAUUUUCUUCUUCUUAGUUAGGUUACACUGCUAAUUACAGGAAUUUGUGAGUCGACAGUAUAUUGCUAUAGGAAAGUUAUGCAGUGAUGACAGAAAACCAUGCAUCCAGUUAUAUAAGAAAAAUGUAAUGGUAACCUUGAAGCUGACUUGAAACUUGAAACAAACAUGAGACGACUAAAUGUGGCAAAUAGGAAGCAGGCCAUUAAGGUAGUGACAGAGCUUGAUGCAUUUCCCAAAGUACUGGAUGAUUGUCAGGAAAAAACAGCAUCAGGAGGGGGCAUUUCCAUCGCUGUGUUUCUGUGUAUAUGUAUUCUGGUUGUAUCCGAGAUCAUUUAUUACUCAACAACAGAGCUCAAGUUUGAAUAUGAGGUUGACACUGGCAUAGAUGGAAAAUUGAAACUCAACAUAGACAUGACAGUCGCAAUGAAGUGUAAUGCAAUAGGAGCAGAUGUGUUGGAUGUGACAGGACAAGAUACACAUGGUUUUGGAGAGCUGAAAUACGAAGAUGCUCACUUUGAACUGAGUCCGAAUCAGAGACACUAUCACGAGACAAUACAGGAAAUCAGUGACUAUCUGAGAUCCGAGUACCAUGCUCUCCAAGAUUUGAUGUGGAUGUCAAGGGGGUUAAUUGCUGCUUAUAGAACAGGCAUGCCCAAAAGGGAAGUUCCAGCAGAAGGACAGCCUGAUGCCUGUCGAGUUCAUGGCUCCCUGGAGGUCAAUAAAGUGGCUGGGAAUUUUCACAUAACAGCAGGAAAAUCAGUUCCGGUGUUUCCAAGGGGACAUGCUCAUAUAUCAAUGAUGGUUCAUGAAAAAGACUACAAUUUUUCUCAUCGAAUUGACCACUUUUCAUUUGGAGAUUCCGUUAAAGGCAUUAUAAAUCCGCUUGAUGGAGAAGAGCAGAUUUCAUCAGACAAUUUCCAUGUUUAUAAUUACUUUAUAAAAAUUGUUCCCACUGAGGUGAGAACUUACGCAGCAGGAAAUAUCGACACAUUCCAGUUUUCUGUCACACAGAGGAACAGAACCAUAAAUCACAAUAAAGGGAGUCAUGGUGUGCCAGGAAUAUUUGUGAAAUAUGACCUUAAUGCUUUAAAAAUCCGUGUGAUUGAAUCACAUAGACCAUUUAGUCAGUUCCUGAUUCGACUGUGUGGCAUUGUGGGAGGAAUAUUUGCUGUCUCAGGAAUGAUACACAACUGGACAGAAUUCUUGGUGGAAGUUGUGUGUUGCAAAUACAAACUUGGGAAAUUUAAAACAAAAGACAUUAUCACAAAUAACAGCAGUGAUGCAACACCAAUAUCACUCAAAGACAGCACAUCCAGCAGCCUACCAAAUGUCAAUUUAUUGCCUUCACCGAGCAGCUGACACGACAUCGGGAUCAGCUGACACGACAGCGUUGUCAGAAUGUUGGCAGGCUCCUAGUUUGAUUGUAAACCAAGAUGUUUUUGUUCAUAGUUUGUAUUUGUCAUUGUUGUGUAUUCUUGUUUAGCUUUUGUUCUGUUCUCUGUACAGUAGCCCAUUCCAAGUUUGUUUUCUUUUUUAAUAUAUAGAAUUCCUCUCUCUGUCCAAAACCUGCCUACCUGUUCAUCAAAAAACCCACAGAAUAAAAAGCAAAGAAAGACAAUAAAUUGUAGAAUAUUAACUAGAUCAGUGAAGAAUAUUAACUAGUUCAGUGAAGAAUAUUAACUAGAUCAGCGAAGAAUAUUAACUAGAUCAGUGAAGAAUAUUAAUUAGUUCAGUGGAGAAAAUUAUGAUGUUUUAUCAUACUAGAUUAUACAGCUUCAUCAAAGUGUUUAGUAAUCUCCUUCAUGUACCAAAACAAAAAGAAAAAAACCAAACAAAUACAUUUAAAAAAUAGCUGGUUUAAUGGCCCUGAUCUUCAUUUUUGUUUCACAAAACGUUGUUUUUGUUCUCAUUUAAGACAAAUUUAGAAAAGAUUUAUCAUAUUGAUUGUUGAUAUAUUCACAUAAAAAAAAUUUAAAAACCGUAAUGACAACUAAUAUUGCUUUAAUGCCUGGGAAUUCCAACAGAGAUGAAAGUAGUCCGCUUCAUGAAGUAUGCAGGGGUGAAGCGUCGCAGUUCAUACUCUUAUGAAUUUUCAAAACUGCAAUUUAUUUCGUUAAUCGUGAUAAUUGGAAAUUAAUUUUAGACACUGAAAUUCCAUUUUUCAUAAAAGAAACAUACAAUUUUAUGUGGUUUUAAUGGUGUAGGGUUUUCAAUACCAAAGUGCAUUUGAAUGCAGAAGAUAAACAAAACUUGGAAUGGGUUCAGAAUAUAAACACAAUUGAGAUCUUGUUUUGUCUGACUGAAGAACUGGGAUAAACAUUGCAAAUAAUGUUCUUCUCUUCUUUUAAUCUCAAUAAUCAUAUUGUAUUAUCAUAUUGAAAAGAAAUUCAUAUAUGCAUGUCAUAUUUUUAUGCCAUAUUUGUGUUUUAUAAAUCCAGUUUGGUGUAUGAAGUGCAUUUACUUUUAUGGUGAAAAUGUCAUGUUUGGAGAAUUUGUUUUAUUAUGGUGGGAUUUUUUGUAUUGGUGUUUUUGUUGUUGCCCAAACCCCCAUCUCCCCAAUUUGGACUUUGGUGAGAGUUUAAUAAACCAGAAACAUUGGAUAUAUAGUUGUUAAGUCAAAAGUGCCAUUGGAAUUGAAAUCCAUACGUCCAGUUCAUACCAGUUCACAUUGCAUCAGCAGAAUGAAUGUAAAGUUUCACAUGAAAAAAACAGUAUCAUAAUCAUAUUUUGACAUUUUGGGACUUGCUUAAUGCUUUGCUAAAUUAUUUUGAGGUUCAAGCUGUCUGGAUGAUUUAUUUUCUAUUCUUUUUAUUGAUGAUAAAAUGGAUGUGGUGCAUUUAUGUACAGUGUAGCAUAUAGAGAAAUAUUGUAUGAGAACAAAGAAAGGUACAAUGGAGAACACUUCUAUAGUUUACAUCGAAACCACAGCUUGUCUUAAAAUCAAAAUGUGCAAUCUCCAUUAUUGUGCAAUGUGUAAAAUCAUGUUUGUAUUAAACUUUAUUGAUAAAUGGUAUUUCAUUGUAUACAAAUAUAUCUAAAUCACAGAGACGUUGAUUGCAUGAUUUUUGUUGUGUUUUUUUUUUUUUUUCUAGCUUAUUGACAUGUUACUCGUGUAGUUGCUGCUGUUCUGUAAUACAAUCAUUAUCUUGACAUCAAAAGAAUAAAAUCAAGUCUGUGGCAUAUCAACACUUGUGCAUGGUUCUACAGUUAAUUCAUAAACAUACAAUGCAAGUAUAAAAUGAUUUAAUGGGUUGAAAACUUAAAUGUAAAGUAUUUAAAAAAAACAAAUGUACAUGCAUAUUAUUGAUUUUGUCAAAUAAAGAAAUAUUGAAUCUGUC